GUCAAGAGUGACAUUGACUUGACGUGUCCCAUCAGUGCUGACGCGACUUGACGGACAUAGGUCAAUAUAUAAGCCUUCUGCCCUUUACAUUCGCAAUCCGUCAAUUCUCCCAGCUCACUGGCUCAUGGCGUCUGUCAAAUCCGAGUCUCGAACACUUCAUACGGCAGGGGGUGCCCUCAGGCCUCAGGAGCACAAAGAGCGCUCAGAGAUAUUAUUGGAAGGAUUUCAAAUUGCCAUAAGUUGUGACCCUCCCCCACACCCGGACGAGUUUCCCGAAGGUGGUUUGGUAGCAUGGACCACUGCUCUUGGAUCGUUUCUUGUACAAUUUUGCGGGUUCGGUUAUGUCACCUCAUUUGGUGUCUACCAAGGUAUUGCUACGCAUAAAAGCGAGCAUUUAACAUUGAACAUUUACUUCCCUCCAGACUUCUAUUCCCAGCAUUACCUCACAAAUGAGACGACAUCUGCUAUAUCAUGGAUCGGAAGCUUGAAUGUAUUUUUAAUGACCGCCGUGGGCCUUGUAUCAGGUUCACUUUAUGACCGAGGAUAUUUCUAUCAUCUCGUAAUUGCUGGAUCGCUUCUGCAGAGUUUCUCUCUAUUCAUGUUGUCUUUGUCAAAACCCGAUCAGUAUUACCAGAUAUUCCUCUCUCAAGGCUUAAGCUUGGGCAUCGCGUUGGGACUGAUAUAUAUCCCGAGCAUAGCUGUCAUCUCCCACCAUUUCCGCCGGAGACGGACACUAGUGAUGACGUUUUCCGCUUCAGGCUCGUCGCUGGGUGCUAUCAUCCAUCCGAUUAUGCUCAAUAACCUCCUGAAUGGUCCUGUUGGCUUCGCCAACGGUGUUCGUAUAAGCGCAGGUUUGGUCAGCGCGCUUCUUUUAAUUGCAUGUCUGUGCAUGCGAACCCGCCUUGAUCCACCAACGAUACCAGUGAACUAUAUUGCGGCAACUAGAAAAUGUGUCCGUGAUGUACCAUUUAUUUUCAUGACAGUAGGGAGCUUUCUUUUCCAGAUUGGCUUCUUCUAUCCGAUAUUCUUCUUUCAACUUGACUCUAUCAAGCACGGUCUCGGCACCACCUUUUCAUUUUACUCUCUAGUGAUUUUAAAUGCGUCCAAUUUUGUGGCACGAAUCACAUCAGGGUUCAUUGCGGCAUUCACGGGAGUCCCAAACCUAACCAUAGUUGCGACAAUUUCAUGCGGUGUGGUCAUUUUGGGCUUGACUGGUCUGAGUAGCCUCGCCAGCGUCAUUGUUCUUGGCGUUCUUUAUGGCUAUUUUUUUGGGCUGUACAUUGCGAUGGUGGCUCCACUUACGACUACUUUAACGCCCGACCUCUCUGAGCUUGGCGCGCGGAUGGGCAUCGCUCUCUCUAUUGGUGGAAUUGGAAGUUUGAUUGGAACCCCCAUAUCCGGAGCUCUGCUAACAUCUAAUUAUACCUGGUGGAGACCAUCUCUGUUCUCUGGGAUCGUUUCGCUGGCUGGUGGCAUGAUGUAUAUCAUCAUGCGAUUUGCGUUUGUCAGAAAGCAGAUCCAGGACAAGCACAUUACCCAACUUGACAUACGAGUAGAUAACCAGCCUGUAGACUGACACCCAUGGAAGCUGCUUUAACAUGUGCCU